UGCAACCGGAUGAAGAGACCAACGUGGUAAGCAGGUAGCUGUGUGACGGUGUUGUUUUUCAACUUACAACUGAUGUCUUUUAUUAAUCGAAAUGACUGAAAGUAAAGCAGAAACGGCCUCCAAGCCCGCCAAAGAGCUGCUGGCUCUGAACCCCAAACAGGAAUCCGAGUUCAAGAAGAAGGUGCAGGAGGUGAAGAAGAACAAGUCGGCCAAGGGGAAAGGUUUGACCCCAGGGGUGAUUUAUGUCGGCCACCUCCCUCUGGGGCUGUUUGAGCCUCAGCUAAAAACUUACUUCGAACAAUUCGGGAAGGUGUUGAGGCUGCGGCUGUCCAGGAGUAAAAAGACAGGUGGAAGCAAAGGCUAUGCAUUUGUAGAGUAUGACUGUGAUGAAGUGGCCAAAAUUGUUGCAGAGACCAUGAACAAUUACCUCAUGGGGGAGAGACUCAUCAAAUGCCAUGUGAUUCCACCAGAGAAAGUGCACAAUAAGCUGUUUGUUGGCUCCGGGAGACAAUUUAAAAAACCCUCACACCCAGCUGUGGCACGCUACAACAAGAAUUGCACAGCCGAGCAGAUCGAAAAGAUGAAAGAAAAACUCCUACGGAAAGAAUCGAAGCUCCGCAAGAGGCUCGCGGCUCAUGGCAUCGAUUAUGACUUCCCAGGAUUUUCUGCCCAGGUGCCUCAGAAGAAAAAGUCCUCUGACUCCGUGAAUGCAUCAACGUGUAGUGAUGACAUCACCCCAGUCUGCACCCCCUCUCUCCUGGAGAGAAGGAAGUCCAUGGUCGUCGAUGACGAUGCAGAUGAUGAGAUUGUCAUUAAAAUUCCUGCUGCAGAGAAAGAGGAAGAGUGCUCCUCAGAGGAGGAGGAAGACAGUGACGAUGAUGAGGAUGAUGACGAGGAGAGCGAGGAACCCUCUGAAGAUGACACGGAGGCGAAGUGAAAGUCUUCACUGUUUUAUUGUGGACUUUAGCUGUCAGAGCAGAGAUGCAUACAUCAGGAUCAUGUAUGGUCUCUGGUUCUCUCAGUGAUGGGACAAUUAUGAACUGUGUUCAGAAAUCACAGUGUCUCUUUCUGUAUGUGGAAAUCACAUUGCGAUUUAGAUGGAAGCUCGUAUGAAAGAUUCCACUGUUAUUGUGGGUAUAAUGUGAGUGUUGUGAGUGGCGCUUGCGAAAUCAUAAUGAGCCAGAUUUAUGGGCAACAGUUGAGCCUGGACUUCUUUGACAAAGGCAUUUUUCCAUGUCAGUCUUUGUGCAGACUCUAGUGUUCAUAUAAAUAGCCACAUUGUGUUGUCACUUGUCCAAAAGGUUGAAUUUACAUGAAUUAUGAUAUUUGAUAAUAAACAAUGUCAGAAUAGUU